AUGACGGCCGCGGCGGAUGCUGCGGAGCCACAGGUGGUGAGCUGGCCGCCGCCAGGUUUGCGGGCCGCGGGCCCGGCCCACUGCUGGGAGUGUGGGAAGGUCAGCGAGGGCGGCUGGCGAGCACCCAACGGCCAGCACUAUUGCUCGGGCUGCUGGGAACACUGGCACUCCCUGCCAGAGGACGUGCCCGUGCCCUCGUGGCCCUCGGCCUCGCGGCCGCAGGGCGGCUGGAAGCGGAAGAAGGCGACCUUCUGCAGGUUGGUGCCGGGCCGCCAGAGCUGCAGCUGCUGCGAACCCGACGACCCCACUGGGCUCACGUGGACAGGUUACGAGGACUCCUGGUUCUUCAGCGCCGAGGAGCUGCGGGAGCUGCGCGGGGCGAAGUACUGCGACGCCCACGCGCACCUGGACAUCAUCCUGCAGAACAAGAAGCACGGGGGCCUGGGCUGGGACACGAAGCAGAAGCUCUGCAAGUGGUUCCUGGCGAGCGGGAGGUGCCCGUUCCACAGCUACUGCUCCUUCGCGCACGGCAGGGAAGAGUUGCGCGGGCGCCAACCCCUCGACCGUGGUGAUGUGGAGUCGUGCCUGCGGGCCUUCGCGGCAGGGCGCCGGGAGGGCGGCAAGGACGGCGGGGUCGACGACGGCGAAGGCUCCGAGGGCCCGGUCCUGCGCUGCGUCGUCACCAACUGUUGUGAGGUCUUGGGCAUACCAGACACGAGGCUCAUCCUCGAGCUCGCCGCCGCCCAGGGCCUGGACACUGUGCGCGCGACCUUUGGCUGCCACCCCCACGACUACCGCGACUACAGCGACGAGAUGGAGGCGCGGUUCCUGGCGGAGAAUUAUUACGAGUCCCAAGACCCGAAGGAGAGGCAGCUCAUGCUGGAUGGUUUCUCGCGUCAGGCUCGCAUCGCCGCCUCACGGAGGCUGCCGCUGAUCGUGCACACUCGGGACGCAGAGGGAGAUACGAUGGACGUGCUCAGGGCGUGCCUGCCCCGAGAGCACAAGAUUCACAUACACGCGUACCAGGGGAACAGCGACAUGAUGAAGCAGGCCCUAGAGUGGUUUCCAAACUGCGUAUUCGGCGCCAGCAGCAUGCUUCUCAGCACGUACCCCAGCGAGGGCUGUCAGGCAACCGCACGGGAUUGCCCGUUGGAGCGGCUGGUGCUGGAGACAGACGCCCCCUACCUCGCGAAUUGGUCGCACGACGUGCCAAAGAUCGCGAAGAAGGUCGCAGAGAUGAAGGGCCUGACCACUUUGCAGGUCCUGGAGGCCACCACGGCCAAUUGCUUGCGCUUCUACGGCGUCUCGCAGAGUGACGGGGCGGCUUGA